AUGCUCGUUUCUCAUAGAUUUGUUGCGGGAUUGAACGUCCUUCACCGCAACCCGACCAGGCAGUUGUCAGCCAUCACCAAGUUCGACACCAAGAAGUUUGUCCAGUCGCUCCAGGAGGGAGGGUUCACCAGCCAGCAGGCAGACGCUGCCGUGAACAUCGUGAACAGGGCCAUCAAUGAUGGAAUUUUCUCAAUUACGAACAACUUGGUCACCAAAGAACGGUUGUCGUCCACCGCGUACCAGCAGAAGGUGGACUUCGCCAAGCUCAAGGGUGAGUUGCAGACCAUGGACAAGACCGAGUUCACCACCUUGAAGAAGGAGCAGGAGAACCUCAGAACAGACUUGACCAACUUGAAGAACCGGUUGAAGGAGGAGAUCACCAAGAACCAGGCAGGCGUUCGGUUGGACUUGAACUUGGAAAAGGGCCGUAUAAGGGAGGAGAGCUCGAUCCACGAGCUGAAGAUAGAGGACACCUACACCCGGAUCGACGAGGAGAUCGCCAACAUGCAGAUGCAAAUCAAGUCUGUCAAGACCCAGGUCAUGCAGUGGUUGAUCGGUGUGUCGUCCGGUACCUUUGCCUUGUUGUUGGCGUUCGUCAGGUUUUUUGGUUAG